UGACAGUAAAAUUCUUAUGCUGUAAAAAUGUAUGUAAUGUAGGUGUAUAAUGUAUUUAAAAUACCGAAUUUCAGAAUGGCGCCAAAUAGCAGAAUUGCGUCAUAGCCUGCGACACUGUGCUACACUGUUGUCAGAGAUGCACUGUUGUGUGUGAUGGGCAAUGGAUUCUAAAGGCAAAAAAAGAAAGAUAGCUGAUGAGAACAGGGGAUUUAAAGAAGAAUGGACAGACGCGUUUGCUUUCAUUGCCAAUGCUGAAGGAUUGCCUGCGUGUUUGAUUUGCAACGAGAAGUUGUCAAAUAACAAGAAGAGCAAUUUGGAGCGACAUUUCCAGCUUAAGCAUGCUAAAUUUGCUGCCGAUCACCCAGUUGGAACGGAGAGAAAAGGAGCCAUUGCGAUGCUUGUGGAGAAAUUUGAAGGUCGAAAAAACAGUUUCAAGAAGUGGAUUACAUCUCCAAACUCUACCACCGCUGCAAGUUUUGUUGCGGCCCGGGAGAUAAUAAGGCGCGGAAAACCAUUCACCGAUGGUGAGUACAUGAAGGAGUCAUUGGUUAAAAUAUCAGAGCACCUAUUUUCGGACUUCAAAAACAAAACCGAGAUCAUCCAGAAAAUUAAAGACAUGCCUCUCUCCGCAAAGACGGUGAAGGACAGGGCCAAUAAAAUGGCAAACAACAUCACCGAUCAGCAAAUCAAGGACAUCAAUUCCGCUCCAGCGUACUCAAUUGCCUGUGAUGAGUCGUGUGACGUGACCGAUAUCGAGCAGACAGCUGUGUUAUGCAGGUACGUGAAUUCUGAUGGGCCGCAAGAGGAAAUGAUAGGAUUGAUGCCACUGAAAGGCCAAACACGGGGUGAGGACAUCUGCGAGGCUGUGCUGCAGUGUUUAAAUAAUAACGGAAUAAACACUAACCACCUGAUUUCAGUGGCUACAGACGGCGCACCUAGUAUGAGAGGGUCGCAAAGGGGGUUUGUGACUUUACUACAAAAAGCAUUGGAUCGGCAUCUGCUCGUAUUCCAUUGCAUCUUGCACCAAGAGGCACUGUGUGCACAAACAUUCCCACCGGAGUGUAUGGAGGUGAUGAACCUUGUCAUCCAGAUUGUGAACAAAAUAAUUGCAAAAGCUUUAAACCACCGUCAGUUCCGUGAAUUGCUUGAUGAAGUUGACAGCGAAUAUGCGGAUCUCCUGCUACACAACAAAGUCCGCUGGCUAUCCAGGGGUGACGUUUUGUGUCGCUUUGUAGCUUGUUUAGAACACAUUAAAACAUUCAUGAAAAGCAAAGACCUGAGCUACCCACAACUGGAAGACACCAAGUGGCUGGAAAAACUGCAUUUCAUGGUUGACAUGACACGUCACCUAAACGCGCUUAAUAAAAGUCUCCAGGAGAGGGGAAACACUGCACUGCAAAUGCUGGAAGCCGUUUUGUCAUUCGAGCGCAAACUGGCAGUAUUCGCUAGGGAUGUACAGCGAGGCACGCUCUCUCACUUCUCCUCCCUGAGAGAGUUCAAAGAUGCCCAUCAGGAUCACACUCUCAACGGUGAUUAUUUGCAAGGUGCAAUCGUUGAUAUGCAAGCUGCAUUUGGGAGCAGAUUUAGUGAGUUCCGAAAGGAAAAAAUGACACUUUCUUUCCCUGUCACACCCCUGGAAAUUGACCCUUCCUUGUUGAAUACAUUCCCAGGAGUAAAUCAAGCUGACCUCGAAAUGGAAAUGGCUGAUAUAGCUGACAAAGAUUUGUGGGUGGCCAAAUUCAAAAGUCUGACAGCAGAGCUUGAAGACGUCAGCCGCCAGAAAGCCCAUGCUGCCCAAAAUCACAAAUGGAGCGACAUUGAAAGCCUCCCAACACCAGAAAAACUUGUGUUUGAAACAUGGAAGGCCCUUCCCGACACUUACAGGAACAUGAAGACAUACGCAUUUGGGGUAUUAUCCAUCUUUGGAUCAACAUAUCUGUGCGAGCAGAUAUUCUCAAACGUGAACUACAUCAAAUCCAAAUACCGCACCCGCCUCACAGAUGAGAGCUUGCAGUCCUGCGUGAAGAUUAAAGUUUCAUCUUACAUGCCCGAUGUUGAGAAGCUGUCCAAUGAUGUCCGAAAACAGAAGUCACAUUGAACAGGUCUGAAGAUGUAUUGUGCGUGUCUGUAGAUAAGAGGGGGAAGAGAAGAGGAGGCUCCGGCGUUUGACCCUCGCACUGACUGCUACUUGGCGUUUAUGAACCAAAGAGAAAAGGAUAA